AUGGCGACCAUCACUGAAGAGCCGGUAGUGGAGAUCCCGGUCGAUACUCCUACGAAGCUAUCGAACCAGGACGCCUCUCUGGAGUUGUUGAAAGAGUUGCAGGAUCUUCGCGCUAGAAUUCAAAGUCUCGAAGAAAACCAUUCUAAGAUUCCCGAGCAAGCCGCAAACGAUAAGGAAGAUGACAACCACAGCCAUAAUGGCUCUGCCUCCACCGAUACGGAAGACGAAGAGACCAGGCAUUACCCAUGCGAUGAUUCCGAUGAUGUUAUUAUGGAUCUCCGUUACGUGAAAUGGGACGAAUUCAAGACGAUGUAUGCCGAGGAAAAACGUCACGUCAUCGAUGUCUUGGAGGGUCCUGCGCAAUACUGCUGGCAGCAAAUCGAGAGAAGCAUCCGCCGCUUCGGAAUCCUUGCCCUGAUCAGGGCUGAAGAGAACGAAAUGAAACCAGAAGGAGAUCCGAAGCCCAAAAUCGAUACUGGCGGCGCCGAAGAUGAUCUCCCUGAGCGUAUUCGAAUCAACUCCAGUCUGUUAGCGUCCAUUUUGAAGGAUAUUGUUUCCAAGGUUGACCAGUCUGCCCCAUUUGUCAUCUUACGCCCAUACAAAGUACUCGUCGGAUACGACGAGGAGAUCCGCGAGCGGCAUCGACAGCUCGCUGCCAAAUGGAAAACAGAGAGUGGACAUGAGGUCGACGAUCCUACACCUCUAGAACCAGGCAAAGAGCCAAUUGAUUCUCGUCAGGCCUUUCGUGCGCUCGACUGCCUUGUCAGUUUCAUGGAUCGUCAUCUCAGUCCGGUAAUAAGCCGCCAUCGUGCUCUACUGAAAAACUUCACUCCAAGCCCAUCGACAAUUGACCCAACAAUAUCUUUCAGCAAUCUAUGGUAUCUAUUCCACCCAGGUAUGCAGGUGGUUUGUUGGUUCACUCCGGAGCAAAGUGCACCACAUGUCCAGCCAACCAAUCGUCCAAGUAUAUGGAAAGUGUUGCAGGUUUCAGAGGGACGACCAGUCCUGGACUCCAGCUACCCCGGACGGGUUAACCUUUUCAUCAUCCGACUUUAUAAGAUUGGAUACGAUGGAGAGCAAUUCGGCGUGCUUUCACGAGACUUUCAUCUUCCUCACUUCAGUGGAGAGCGCCCAAUUCGGUCUUUGGGCAUAGUCCCGACUCAGUUUGUGGGCGGCUACCCAGCGCUGCGCGAGAAGUUAUUGAAGCAAGGCGAGCUCUUUGCUACCUUCGCUACCCCACAACAUCGUUUCUAUUCGGGGUCCACCCUAACAUGUCACAUGGAUGGCGCAUCCUGCCCGGGAAACUUUAACAGACGGACCGACUAUAUAAAGGGUAAUAUCAUUGUUGAUUUCAAAACAGCCCGCAACGAAGACCCGGACUGGGUGCCCAGCUUGUCGAUUCCCAGUACCAUGGGAGGAACAGGAAGCGAAGUAUCCGAAUCUUUGUAUAUCCGAGUACUAGCAAACCGCGAGUCUAAGGAAUAUAUUCGAUCGUCUUCCGAAACAAUCUACGACGACGAUUGGGUGGACGCAGAGUUAACCAAGGACUUUAUCCGCGACGAUGCCUUCCUGGCUCGGCAAGAGUCUGCCCCGGAACAGCAAGUAACUAGGAAGGAAUUCUGGAGCAAAGAUGAGCUUGUUAUGAUGCCCGACCGUGCUUGCGCAUGGGAUCUCCAUCGCCGUCGCUGGGCACUUUGCGACCUCGAAUGCAUGCGUCCGGUUCCUACCGACGAUGGCUGGAAAAAUCUCAAAUUGCGGCCGGGUCACAAGAGAAUGCUCUACGCGCAGGUGAAGCGCCACUUUGCAGAUAGAAAGUCGAAGGAGGACGGAGAAAGCCAACAAAUCGAUCCGGAUUUGGUCAGAGGAAAAGGAGAAGGCCUUAUUAUCUUGCUGCACGGCGAGCCGGGUGUAGGCAAGACCUCAACUGCUGAAUGUAUGGCGGCUUGGCUUGAAAGACCACUGUAUCCAAUCACCUGCGGUGACUUGGGGACAAGCGCGGAAGUAGUGGAAGACAAGCUGAAUCGUAUAUCUGCCCAGGCUGAGGCGUGGAAUUGCGUCCUACUAUUAGACGAAGCCGACGUCUUCCUUGCGGCGCGCAGCAAAACGGAGUUGGAAAGAAAUGCCAUUGUAUCAGUCUUCCUACGAGUACUAGAAUACUACAAAGGCCUACUAUUCCUGACCACCAAUCGAGUAGGAUCCUUCGACGAAGCCUUCGUCUCUCGCAUCCACCUAGCUCUCUACUACCCGGGGCUCAACAAAGGCCAGAACCACGCCAUCUGGGAGAUGAAUCUAGAAAAAGCCAAAUCGCGAAAGACAUCAUUAACCAUCGACACCGGCCCCAUCCUGGAGUGGGCUGACGCAAACUGGGAGCAGAACAGUAAAUCCAGGACCCGCUGGAACGGGCGACAGAUUCGCAACGGAUGUCAAACCGCCAUCGCGCUGGCGGAAUUCGAGGCCGAGGAAACGUCCAAGCCGGUUUUCUUGCAGGUUAAGCACGUCCAGCAAGUUGCAGCUGCGUCCAAGGAAUUCUAUGACUAUGUCUCGCGCGUCCUCGGAGCUGAUAUGGCGCAUCGCGCCUUUGUUGAACGGUUACGGUCAGAUGACUGGGUGCCUAAUUUGUCGGGGGAUCGGGCUCUGCACAGAUUCUCUUCUGGCUAUAACCAGCAGUCUAUGAGGGCUUCUGAGGAGGUUAUGUCGCCUCCGAGGAAUCGGCGUCGUGGUGGUGGUGGUGGUCGUGCGAAUGAUUUUGUAGGUGGUGCGGGUGGAGGUGGAGGUUCUCCUCGAACUAUAGGUGCUCAGCAGUGGCAAGUUGAUAGACGUGAAGACUUUGAUGAAAUGGCUUUGUAUCAGUCUCAGUCGAGGCAUCAGAUGCAGAAGAUUCAGGAUUCUACUGGACGCGGCAUGUCGGAUGUGCAUGGCGUGCCGUUCGAUGAUGAGGAUGAUUAUCCUGAUGAUUUUGAGUGA